CACAGCCAUUCAUUCGCUGCAGCUCGCUGGGCUUACUGACAGGAAGCAUCUCUAUCUGUGAGGCACUUGCUCUCCCCCCCCUUCCCCUCCCAUCAUGGCUACAGACUUGAUGGAGAUUGACGACUCUCUUUACAGCCGCCAGCGAUAUGUGCUUGGAGACAGUGCCAUGCACCAGAUGGCCCAGUCCUCAGUCUUUCUCAGUGGAAUGGGAGGACUGGGAGUAGAGAUAGCAAAAAAUAUUGUCCUGGCUGGUGUAAAGGCAGUCACGCUUCAUGACACAAAACAGUGUGAGACCUGGGAUCUUGGCUCCAACUUCUUCAUCCGCAAAGAGGAUGUUUUGAGUCAGAGGAGGAGGGUGGAGGCAGUGUGCCCUCGCGUUGCAGAGUUGAACCCUUAUGUCCACGUUGACAUGUCUUCCUCUGCUCUUGACGACAACACUGAUCUCGGUUUUCUCAGAAGGUACCAGUGUGUGAUUUUGACUGAGGCCAGAUUGAGCCUACAGAAGAGAGUAAAUGAGUUCUGCCACUCACAACAACCCCCCAUCAGAUUCAUCAGCUGUGACGUGUACGGUAUCUGUGCACGAGUGUUUUGUGAUUUUGGAGAAGAGUUUGAGGUGUUCGAUCCCACAGGAGAGGAGCCCAAGGAGGUUUUCAUUCAAAGUAUCACUCAGGAUAAUCCUGGGGUGGUAACCUGCAUGGACAACCAACCCCACGGCCUACAGACAGGGCAGAGUGUUGUUUUCAGAGAGGUCGGCGGCAUGGUGGAGCUCAACGGCACUUCUCGGCAGGUUUCAGUCCUUUCUUCUCAUAGCUUUGCAAUAGGAGACACAUCUCAGCUACAACCAUACACACAUGGAGGUUUCUUUGUCAUGGUGAAAACCCCUAAGAUGUACAGAUUUGAAACAUUAGAGCGACAGCUGUGUGACCCUCGGGUCCUGACUCCGGACUUCAGUAAACCAGAGGCCCCACUUCAAAUCCAUGCUGGCAUGUUGGCACUGGACACCUUCCAGGAGCAGCACAGUAGACUCCCCAACACUGGGUGUUUACAGGAUGCUGAGGUUUUACUAAAGCUGACUGAGGAAGUGAAUGCAGCUCUCAAGAGCAAAGCGUCUGUAAAUACUGAGCUAGUACGCUGCCUUUCAAGGACAGCGAGGGGUAUUCUCCCUCCAUUAGCAGCAGCUGUUGGAGGUUUAGCCAGUCAGGAAGUUCUUAAGGCCAUCACAGGGAAGUUUGCACCCCUGCAGCAAUGGUUUUAUCUUGAUGCUAUUGAGGUAGUCAAGCCACUUCAACCUCUUUCUGCUGAGGAGUUUUCCCCUAGGGGUGAUCGAUAUGAUGGAUUACGAGCUUGCAUUGGUGACUCACUGUGUUUACAACUACACAAGCUAAGGGUCUUUAUGGUUGGCUGUGGAGCAAUAGGCUGUGAGAUGCUGAAAAACUUUGCCCUGCUUGGGAUUGGAUUGGCCAAGAGCUCAGGGGAGGUGUGCAUCACAGACCCAGACCUCAUAGAAAAGUCUAACCUCAACAGGCAGUUUCUCUUCAGGCCACAUCAUAUACAGAAACCGAAAAGUACCACAGCAGCAGAGGCUACUCGUGAUAUUAACCCAGACCUACAGGUGGAAGCUCACCUCAACAAGGUGUUUCCGGCUACUGAGAACAUCUACAAUGACUCAUUCUACUCUUCAUUAAACCUAGUGGUCACUGCGCUGGACAACGUAGAGGCACGGAGAUAUGUGGACAGCCGCUGUGUAUCCAAUCAGAGGCCUCUCCUAGACUCUGGCACCAUGGGAACUAAAGGGCACACCGAAAUCAUUGUGCCAAACUUGACAGAGUCUUACAAUAGCCAUAGGGACCCCCCAGAAGAGGAGAUCCCAUUCUGCACUCUCAAGUCUUUCCCUUCUGUUAUAGAGCACACCAUCCAGUGGGCCAGAGAUAAGUUUGAGAGUGCCUUUGUCCACAAGCCCUCCAUGUACAGCUCGUUCUGGCAGACCCAUUCCUCGGCUGAGGUGGUGCUGCAGAGGAUGCAGGCAGGGGAAAGUCUGGAAGGGUCAUUCCAGGUCAUAAAGCUGCUGAGCAGACAGCCCACUCAGUGGGACCAAUGCGUCGCUAUUGCUCGUCUGAAAUUUGAGAAAUAUUUCAAGAGAAAGGCCCUACAGCUGCUGCAUUCUUUCCCACUGGACACAAGGUUAAAAGAUGGAAGUUUGUUUUGGCAGUCUCCAAAAAGACCACCAACACCUCUUGAAUUUGACUUGAAAGACUCUUUGCACUUUGCUUUCAUUGUGAGCACUGCCCGGCUCUUCGCAGGGAUUUAUAACAUCCCUUAUUCAGAAAGGGAUCUUUCUGAAGAGGCUAUUACCAGGAUUCUCACAGAUGUCAAGAUUCCAGAGUACAGGCCCUCAGAAAAAUGCAUAGAAACAGAUGAGACAGCAAAGAAGCCUGAUCAGAUAAAGAUGCCUCUAAGCAGUGAAGAGGAAAGGGACGCCAUCGCUCAUUUGGAGCAGGCCAUUGCUACUGACAGGGUCACACCAGAACGGUUACGGAUGAGUCCACUUCAGUUUGAAAAGGAUGAUGACAGCAACGGUCACAUGGACUUUGUCGCAUCAGCAUCCUCUCUCAGAGCCAUCAUGUACUCCAUUGAGCCAGCUGACAGACUUAAGACCAAACGCAUUGCUGGGAAGAUAAUCCCCGCCAUUGCCACGGCAACAGCUGCAGUGGCUGGUUUGGUGGCGCUGGAGUUGAUCAAGGUGGUUGGAGGCUUCGGGUUUGAAUCACACAAAAACUGCUUCUUUAACUUGGCCAUACCUGUAGUCGUUCUCACUGAGCCUGCUGCAGUCAAACAGACACUCAUCAGGAACAACAUCUACUACACCAUCUGGGACUGCUGGACUGUCUUUGGCCACGAGGACUUCACUCUCUCUGACUUCAUGAAUGCUGUCAGGGAAAAGUAUGGAAUUGAACCCACUAUGGUCGUCCACGGUGUAAAGAUGCUCUAUGUGCCUGUUAUGCCUGGACACUCCAAGAGGCUCAAAUUGACGAUGCAUAAACUAAUCAAGCCAUCAGUGGACCGCCGCUACGUAGACCUUACUGUGUCAUUUGCUCCAGAGGCAGACGGAGACGAGGACCUCCCUGGUCCUCCGGUCAGGUACUACUUCAGCCCCGAUGGCGAGACUCCCUGACACCUCCCUCAAUGUCAUCCUUAAGCCUCUUGUGUCCUUAUUUCCCUUCUUUUAUGUAAAUUGUUACACCCCACUUGCUUAGGCAUGGGCCAAGAGUUUUCCCUCAGGAUGUUACCUGACAAAGUCAAAACUCCUUGCCUUAGCACAAACCCCUCUUGUACUUCAUGGAGCAAGAAAGGCCAGUCGUGGUCCCAGUUCUGGUUUUUUUUUUUUUUGUUUUGUUUUGUUUUUGUUUUGUUUGUUUUUUUGUUGUUGUUUUUUUUCCCCUUGCCUAAGAUCUAGCCAGUGGAACACAAGGAGUAGCACUUAUAAUUAUACCUGUGUACAUAUACUUUCUGUUCUUUUUUUUCUUUUCUUUUUUUUUUUUUACUGUGGUGAAAUGCACAGCUCUGGCUGUGUCGAUGCCUUAAUUGAUUAUUAACCCUUUUUUUUUUUUCUGUUUGUGGCAACGAGUCUGACUGAAAUCUGUCUUUACAGGAAUCUUUAAACUCCCAACACACAGACCCAUUCAGUUCUUGUGUUUGACUUUUUUUUUUUUUGUGAGUUAAACUUUUGGCACAAUAAAGACAAGCAGUUGGUAGGCUUCGCAACAUCUUCGUCCUCUGAGUUCUUUGAGAAUAUUGCCAACCACAAAUUUGCCAAUUAUUUUCUGUCUCCCUCUAUAGAAAUAAAAUAAAAGAAUCAAAAUUUGUUGUAUAAUUUUAAGGUGCGACAAGUUAAGUGAACAAUGGCAAAACCACCAAAGAUAGUGAUUAUCAUUUUGUCUGCAGAUUGUUCUUUUUUUUUUUUUUUUUUUUUUUUUUCCCAUCACUUUGACUGCCUCAUUAUAAAACAUGUUUAAAACACAGGGCAUGGAUAUCACCCAGCAUUUGAGAGCAACACACAAGCUGUUUCACUUAAAGGUUAAGCUGAAGUUGUUCUGCAGUCAUUCGGGUGUAAAAUGACAGUCAGUGUGUGGUGCACUUAAAAACAAAAAAUGGGUUAAAAAAAAAAAAGUUAAUUGUAGCCGUUAGUCUUACCUACCUUAAUAAAUACUUGAGUAAUGACUGCACUGACAUUAGUUUGAGCAAACAAGAUGUUCUUCAUUAACAAUACAAAAACUGGCGUGAGUUUAAUGACUGUUUCACACAUAGAAAAGCCUUAUUUUGACAGACAUUAAACAUCUGGGGUCACACUCCUGUGUUAUAACACAUUUGUUUUAAAAGAAAAUCUUUGCUGUUCAUGAUUUGUUGUAUUUGUUCAUGAAUGUCUGUGACAUGUAUUUAUUUACUUGUUAUGCCUUUUUGGGGGGGUCAGACUGAGCCUGUAUUGAUGAGCUCUGAGUAAUGGUGCACUGGUUAAAUAAUCAAUAAUGAAUAGUAGUCAUCCAGAAAGUCUUUCUCCAGGUUUACAAUUCUCCCUUUCAUUAAGUUCCAGGUUAAAAAGAAGGCUUUCGAUCAGUCUGUAGUGCCUACAGUGGCAUUAACGUCAGUGUAGAUUUGAAUGGAAUCAGUUAAAUUGAACUUUGUCUUGAAGAUUAAGUUGCAUCUUAUCAUCUGUCUUGGACCUUCUGGCUGAACACCACAACGAGAUGCUUCCUCAGCGUUCCUUUGUUUCUCUGCUCAAAACCAGAGGUGGUGAAAUUUCCUUUCUACAGCAGAUGUCUACCCAUAUUGACAACACUUCUUGUGCAGUGAAUUCAUCAUUUUAAAACAAAGCAGUGUUAAUGACAGAUACUGAUGUAUGUUCUUGUGACAGACGAGCUCAACUAGUGGUCCAAUAAAAUGUGAGAUUUCAGGAUGUCUUCAAAA